AUGGAUUUAUCAGUUCCGGAAGAGGCUACAGAUUUAUCAGUUCCGGAAGAGGCUGCAUUUGUACCGAACAACGGACUGCUGACACCAUCGGAAAUUGAGUUAGCCCAACCGACGAAGGCCAUCGGAAUUGAGUAUGCCGAUGGAAAGUACUAUUUCCUGCAGUCGGAAGAUGAAUCAGAUGAUGAGUUGAUUGAACGGGUUAGCACUUUGGAUUGUCAUUCGAUGCAGCUACCGAUGAAAAUUAACCGGGAAGAUAAUGUCUCACCGUUGGAUGAAAUCGAAGAAGAACAACUACAAGAGGUAGAGGAUGUGGCGGAAGCAGAGAAUGAGUUCGAAUUGGUCGUUUCGGAUAAUUUUAGUUUAGAGGAGGCAGAGGAACAGCUUCAGCAAGAAGACGACUGCGAUAGGCUGUUUGUGGAAGAAACUCCGACGGAGGUGGGAAUGGAUAGUUUGAUCGAGGAGGGUAGCGUGAUAACCACCUCGGAGGUGACCGAUGCUGAUGGUCAGGAGUAUGUUCUGGUGAAGGAAGAAAUGCACGAUGAAAGCAGUCAACUAAUGAUGGAAGCAUUGGACGAUGAAUCUGUAAUCGAAAGGGAUAACAUCACUGAUUAUGGCACGGUUGAAAUGCUGGAAGAUUCGUUCCCUUCGAAUUCAAAGGAGAAAAGAGUGGAUAAACAUUUUUGCACGUACUGCAAUAAAGGUUUCCCUUACGAAAGUGCUCUUAAGAAACAUUUGUUUGUGCACACCGGUUUGAAGCCCCACGUUUGCGGCACCUGCGGUAAAAGUUUUUCCCAAAAGAUUAACCUCUCAAUCCAUCUGCGAAAGCACACUGGAGAAGAACCUCUCAAGAAGUAUACCUGCUCCGUUUGCGGAAAGAAAUGCAUUCGAUUGAGCGAACUGAAAAUUCAUUUGAAAACCCACUGGAAGAAGUAUCCUCACGCUUGCACGCUUUGCACGGAUCGAUUCGCCGAUAUUACCAACUAUUACGAGCACAUCAAAUCGCAGCACAAGAACGAAAUAUCCCUCCAGGAGAGUAUCGAUAUGAUUGCUCAGAACGAGAACGCUGAGCUGAUCGUGCAGGGUGAUGAUGAUACGAUUACCGUAGAUGAUGGAUUGUACCGCUGUACGGUUUGCCUGAAGACGUUCAAAACGGAAAGGCUGCUAAAGAAGCACAAACGGAAAAUGCAUCCCAAGGUGUUUGUCUGUGCCAGCUGUCCGAAGCAGUUUCUGUACAAAAGUUUACUUGACAAGCAUGCGCGCGUGCACACACAGGAGAAACCGUUCAAAUGCCCGCAAUGUGAUACGUCAUUUUCGCAGAAGGUCAAUCUGGAGGUCCACCUCGGCAAGAAGCACAACAUUCACGUGCGAAACAUCCAGCCAAGGUUGUUCGUCUGUGAGUACUGCAACAAAUCGUUCGAUCGACCUUCCACGCUGCAAGUUCACAUCCGCACGCACACCAAAGAGCGGCCUUUCGGUUGUAUGGACUGUCCGAAAUCGUUUGCAUCGAAUAGUGCCCUGGCAACGCACAUCAAGACCAACCACCGGGGAGAGUCAAUACUGUUGCAAUCAUUCCAACGGAACUCAGCUAUCAAUGCCGAAAGCAUUAUCCUGGAAGAACGGAGCGCCCCUUCGGAUAUCGUGGAGGAGGAAGAAGACGAGGAUGUCAAGUUCAUUCAAUAUUCCAUUCAGUUUGUCAAUACGGAUGGAAAAGAGGAUUUUCUCUAGGCAGGCGGACUCUGCGGAUUUGUGUGUACAUAGUAGGUAAUUUAGUUAAGUUAGUGGAUGUUU